UUAUAUCGAAUAAAAAUAUCAGUGCGGUUUUCCCGCAAGUAAACAUUUCAUAUUGUGUAAUAGUCUUGUUUCUAAAAUGCUGAAAAUGGCCAAUAACAAUCAUAAUAAUCGAAUAAUAUCGUUGUUUAUUUCAUUAUUCGUAUUACCUAUCCUAUCGUUUACAAUUGCGAAUGCAUGGAAAUCAAAUGAAUGUCCGAUAGAUAGCCAAGAUAAUCGUGAAACAUUUCUCUGUAUUCGACCAUGUGAUUAUGAGGAUAACAGUCUGCAAGGAUCGUCACCGUCUCGUAAUCAACAUGGAAAAAAUGUUGCUACUGAUGAUAAUUUUUUCGUUGUUUUUUUCCCACCAAAAUCAAAAGAUCAAUAUGAACGCAGUCGUUUUAAAUGUCCGACGGGUUUUCGCCAGACAAAAGAACGUGAUCAACAAUGUUUCUGUGAACGGCCAUAUACACCAUAUGAAAUGGAGAUGCAACGACGUGAAAAAUGUGAUCAAUCAUUCGAACAGUGUCGCAUGUAUGGAUCUAAACCGUAUGAUUGUAAUCAUAUUAUUGAUACAUGUCCAUCAAACCUAGUACGAGAAUAUUGUCUAGCUGGAAAAGUUUUCAAAAUGCGUUUUGCUAGAGUUGUUUAUGAAUUUUGUCAUCUAUAUCUUCGGCUACCGAAUGAUGGUCGCCAACAUUUUCUCGAACCACAUAUUGAUCGUAAAAAACAUCGAUGAUUGAGUUAGAUUUCGAUUAAUCAUAGAAAAAAGUACGAAGAAUUCAGAUGGGCAAAAAAAAUGUAUUUUAAUCAUCUUU